AUGGCAACUCAGCAAACCGCCAAGACGCAAUAUGUCAAGUCACCCAACGGCACGACAUUUGCAUAUCGCCAGAUCGGUAAUGCAUCUGACAUCCCCCUCGUGCUAUUGACGCACUUCCGCGGCACCAUGGACAAAUGGGAUCCUCUUAUUGUCAACACCCUCGCCAAGAACCGUCGCAUCAUCACGGUUGAUUAUGCUGGUGUUGGUCUCAGCACCGGUGACGUCGCUACUUCAAUCCGACAGUCCGCCGCUGAUAUAUCACAAUUCGUCGAACUGAUAGGCGAAAAAGAGAUUGAUCUUCUUGGUUUCAGCAUUGGAGGCUAUGUUGCUCAGAUGGUAGCCCUCAACGCGGAUCCCAGCAAAGUCAAAGUCCGCAAGUUGAUCCUUGCGGGAACAGGCACCAGCUACGGACCUGAACUUGUUUAUUCUCAGAACAAAGAUGUUGGCUCUGUCGCGGGUGUCAAAGAUGUAGAUAUUAAUGUCUUCAAGACACUCUUCUUUCCCAAGAAUGCUGAGGGCGAUGCUGCUGCUGAGGCUUGGUGGUCGAGAAUUCAUAAGCGAAGUGCAGAGACGAGUGGUGAAAAGGCUUCUCUCUGGCUAAGCAGUAGGUACAAGGAUGGUGGCAAGGGACUGAUAGGGCAGGUCACACAGGGCCAUGAUUUUACAGAGAGUGCUGAGAAGAGCAAGGGAGAGGAUGGCGCUUAUGAAAGGCUGUCUAAUCUCAAAAUCCCAGUAUUGAUCGCCAAUGGAAGCAACGAUUACAUGAUCCCCACGCCAAACAGCUACCUCAUCUACCAGAAGGUUCCGAAUGGGCAGCUCAUUCUUUAUCCCAACAGCGGCCACGGCUUUCUGUUCCAGUACGCUCCGACCUUUGUCAAACAUGUCGAGACAUUCCUUGAGGACUGGUAA